AUGCUUUCAAGCUUGUCAGAGAUUCAGUUAAGCAAGAAAGUGUAUCAGCAGAAGAAGAAGGGAAGUUCAUCUAAGAAAAAGCAUUUAAAAAGAAAACAACCAGCUGAACCUUCUUCUCCUACAUCUUCUGAGGAAACUGUUUCUGAGUCUGGGACUCCAAAACCAUUAAGAACACCACCUCCUAAAAACUCAACCAUCAGAAGAUCACAAUCACCAAAAACACCUUCACCACCUAGACAUUCUUCACCAAUUCAAACAACUCCACUUCCUGAAAUUCUAACACCAGAUCCUCCAGCAAUGCCUCAAUCACACUCAAUUCCAACUCAUAUUCCUUCAUCAACAAUAUCUACAACUGUUUUACUAACUCCUCCACCGACAUACCUUCAAGGCCGCAGGAAGUCCAUUCCUGUUCAUAUCAAAAAGAAUACAUUCAAAAGAUCUCGCUUUGAGUAUGAUCGUUUUUCACAAGUUGAACUAGAAGAUGUGGUUGUUUCUGAUAUUGAUUCAUCUGAUAAUGAUGCCAAUCAGAGUCGAGAUGAUCAAAAUCCUGAUGAUCAACCCGAGAGGGAGAAUAUUCAAGAUAGUGGAGAGGGUCAUAACAUAACACAAGAAGCAAGUGGUCAAGAAAAUGUUGCUGAUGUUGCUCAAAAUUCUACAACAGAAGGAAAUCAAGAUCAAGAGAUACCUGAGCAA